AUGAAGAAGCAAAACGUCCGGACUUUAUCAUUAAUCGUCUUCACGCUUACCUAUCUCCUCGUCGGUGCUGCAAUCUUCGACGUGCUCGAGUCCGAGACGGAGAAAUUACGCAAAGAAGCGUUAGAUGCCAUUGAGAAAAUGGUCAUACGAAAAUACAAUAUAAGCGAGGACGACUUCAAGAUUAUGGAAACAGUGGUGCUGAAGACGGAACCUCACAAAGCUGGCCAACAGUGGAAGUUCGCUGGCGCGUUUUAUUACGCUACAACGGUCCUCACCACGAUAGGUUACGGACAUUCAACGCCGACUACCAUAUACGGCAAAUUGUUCACGAUGUGUUACGCGAUCAUUGGUAUCCCAUUAGGACUCGUAAUGUUCCAAAGUAUAGGAGAACGCGUGAAUAAGUUCUCGUCUGUUGUGAUACGGAACGUAAAGACGGUUCUAAACUGUAGGAACGUCCAGGCCUCGGAGAUAAAUCUCAUCUGCGUGGUAACAACAUUGUCAUGCAUGACUAUUGCCGGCGGCGCCGCUGCGUUCUCCAGGUACGAGGGGUGGUCCUACUUCGAUUCCAUUUACUAUUGCUUCAUUACUUUGACGACAAUCGGUUUCGGCGACAUGGUCGCGCUGCAGAAGGAUAAUGCGCUCAACAAGAAGCCUGAGUAUGUGAUGUUUGCCCUAAUAUUUAUUCUCUUCGGCUUGGCGAUCGUGGCGGCCUCGCUUAAUUUACUGGUUUUGAGAUUCGUGACUAUGAAUACGGAGGAUGAAAGACGAGAUGAAGCCGAAGCGUUACAGGCGGCCCAGGGCGCGGUGCGUCUUGAGGGUGAUGUGAUAACGGCAAACGGCUCGAUACUGUCCGGCCAAAUUGGCAAUCACGGGAACGCAAUGUCGUUGGACGACGAAGCGUCAGUGUGCAGUUGCCGCUGCAGCGGCUUCCAGAGGAAGCGGCGGAGACCACGUUUCACGGUGCGCCGCUCGCCGGGUAAGAUCUCACACUUGCUGCCAAUGCAACAGCUGUCGGCGUUGAGCGUGCGAGGCGAUCUGCGGUCGUCACAGAAUUCCUCAAUGCUGCCAUUACCGCCAUUGUAUCAGCAUCGUGCCAGCAUCUGA